ACCUAAACUGCCCUUUUCCCCAUCGCCUUACGCCAAGGGUAGGGGGGUGUGCAUAGGCAGAAAUUAAACUCUGCUUAAAACUUUCUUAAGUGAAAGUUCAUACAUACACUUUUUGUAUUUUAAAACUAUUUUCAUUCGCUCAUUCAAAGCGAGUUGGGACUUUUUCCACUGCUUAUUUUCCUAACAUUUAAAGCAACGUAUCUUGAUCCAAGAUGAUUGACACAGUAACAGGACCUGGAGCACAGCCCUUUGCAGUACAGCUGAAGGCCCUGACAGACCUGGAGGCCCGAUACCAGCCUAAACUGAGUGGCUUGAGGAUCAUUGAAGGCUCCCAGGACAAUGGUCUCAGGAUGACCACCAGACUGAGAGAGCUAGAAGUAAAGGACCUACUCUCUUUGACUAGGUUCUUUGGUUUCAGCUCAGAGACCUUCUCACUUGCCAUCAGCUUGCUAGAUCGAUUCCUCUCAGUAAUGAAGAUUCAACCAAAGCACCUGUCCUGUGUGGGACUGUGCUGCUUCUACAUUGCCGUGAAGUCUUCAGAAGAGGAGAAGAAUGUGCCACUUGCUAAUGACCUGAUCCGCAUUAGUCAGAAUCGCUUUACAGUGUCUGAUAUGAUGAGGAUGGAGAAGAUCAUCAUGGAGAAGCUAUACUGGAAGGUGAAGGCCCCCACAGCCCUCCGUUUCCUGCGCCUCUUUCACAACCACAUCCAGGAGCAGCUCGAUGCUGAGAGCCUGAAGAUCCUGAGCAUUGAGAGACUGGAGGCUCAGCUGAAAGCCUGUCACUGCUCAUUUAUCUUCUCCAAAAUCAAGCCAUCUCUGCUUGCCAUGGCUCUCAUGUGUUUUGAGACUCAGGAACAACAUGACCCUGAACACACCAACAAAUUACAAGAAAUCCUUAAGAGUCUGCAGCAGCUUUUGAAUAUAAAAGAUGGAGACCUGGUUUGUGUGAGAGAGCUGGUUGGAAAAUGCCUGGCUGAGUACGCCACCACCAAGUGCUCUAGGCCCAACACCCAGAGGCUCCGCUGGACUAUUUCGGGACGAACUGCACGUCAGCUGAAGCACAGCUACUACAAGAUCGCUCAUCUUCCUACUAUACCUGAGUCAGCUUGUUAAACCUAGGGCUAUGACUGGGUGACCUUGUAUGCGGAUACAAAUAUUCCAGCAGUCCCUAAACUUUUUUCAUUCUCUAAUUGGAAACUACAUUUGGGGACUUUUCUUGCAGUUUGGUCACCUACAUACACAAAGUUAUUUUCCUUAAAGAUUUCCAUCAAUGAUGAUGGACUUCUUUAAGGAAAACUUAAAUUCCAUGUUUUCCUCAAGUUUGUGUCAUACACUGAUCAAGCACACUAAAUUUUCUGCCUCAACAAUAAUGAGCAAUUUUCAUCAGAAAGUUUAUCUUCUACCAUCCUGCUAUGUUUUGCUUUCCUGGUUGAGUUGCUAGCACAAGUGUACAGUAUGUUCUUGUUCAAAUCCGUACCAAGGUGUUUGGUAUUUCCUGGAACGGGUUGCUGGUUUUAAGCGAAUAAGUAUUGAACCACCUAGGUCCUCAGUCCACCAUGUGGAAGAGGAGGGAGAAGGAUUUUGUGAACAGCUAAAAUGAAACCAAGAAAUCGGGCCCAAAAUCCUUAACUCCCACCCUAGGUUGCUAAACUGUCCUGAUUGCACACUCCUACCCAAGGUGAUGAUUUUUUUUUUUAUUUUGAUACAGCGAGGGAGCUCCGGUUUUCUCUGCUUAAGUGAGGCUAGUGACGCUCUUGUCAUGUAAAGCUAACCCAACUGUUGGAGGCCCUCCACAGUUAAAGAUGAGUUGUUUUCACAGAUUCUUGAUUUGUGUACACAGAGUGAAGCACAUGCAUUCAUUGACUAUUAACUGAUUUCAGUUAUCAAUUAAAUGCAGAGAAGUCUUGAAAAAACAUUGGUCAUUGCAGUGGAAACAUGGGUUGGAAUUUGAUUGCAUUUUCUUUGCCAAUUUCCCUGUCUACUCUGAGUUUCUUUAAGAGGCUAAACAAAAACGUGUUCUCAAAUUGAAAAUGGUGAGUUGAAUACACCAUCUGGUUAACCCAUGUACUUGUACCUUUCAAUAAAACUUUAUUGAAAAGCUA